GCCCCAACGCGCCUCGAAGCUUUUUCUUCUCUCUAUAUGUUUGAUGCCUACAUAAACUACGCCGGGCGGAUGCAGACUGGAGAGUUGACAGAUCGAUCAGCCCAGCCUAGUCCCAAGAGAGAGCGGGACUGAAGCAUCAGACCAGAAUCAACGUGAUUAUAAUGGAGCUGGCUCUUCUGCUGUUGGUGGUUUUGACCUUAACGGAAAACACAUCAGCACAGGCCAAAGACUACAGCAAAGCAGUGGAUUGGCUGAGCAGGUAUGGCUACCUUCCUCCUCCAGACCCACGCACAAGUAAACUGCAGACCAAGGAAGGGAUUGAGAAGGCCAUUCGUAUCAUGCAGAGAUUUGGAGGGGUCCAGGAAACCGGGGUGCUUGACCCUGCAACUCUUAAACUCAUGUCUACACCACGGUGUUCUCUUCCUGAUAUUGUUGGGAGCGAGGACAUGCUGAAGAGGAAGAGGAGGAGGAGGAGGAAAAGAUAUGCCCUGUCAGGCCUUACAUGGCAUAAGACAGACCUCACAUGGAGUGUCCACAGCUACCCAUCGCCCUCCCUCUCACCCGGCCUGGCUGGCAAUAUGGUGGAGCACAUCCUGACUCACGCCUUCAAAGCCUGGAGUGACGCGGCCCCCUUGAGUUUCCGUCAGCUGCCGACCCAUGGCAGGGGAGCUCCAGCUGGAGGGGACAUCAGAGUGUCUUUUUCCCGUUUGUUGCAUGAAGAUGGGUACCCUUUUGACGGGAAGGGUGGCACCCUGGCCCACGCAUUCUUCCCUGGCAGGGAUGAAGUUGCGGGUGACACACACUUUGAUGAUGAUGAGAGCUGGAGCUAUGGAGGUGACAGCAGCACCACAGACUUGUUCACAGUUGCAGUGCAUGAAUUUGGCCAUGCACUGGGCCUGUCCCAUUCCUCCACUGAUCCGUCCAUCAUGAGGCCUUACUACCAGGGUCCUGUGGGAGACAUUGUCAGCUUCAAGCUGGCCCUGGACGACAGAUUAGCUAUCCAGCAGCUUUACGGUGUGAAGGACGACGGGUCACGAGAUGGUGUUGAUCCUGACCUCCCACGCCUGCCCAGUCCACCUCCUCCAAAACCAACACAGCUUCCUGACCCCUCAUUCCAGGACCGCUGUCAGGGAGGCUUUGAUGCAGUGGCAAAUAUCAGGGGAGAGGUCUUUUUUUUUAAAGGUGCACACUUCUGGAGAACUGCGCGAGAUGGGUCUUUACUGUCCCUCAAUCCAGCUCAAAUCAAAAACUUCUGGAGGGGGCUCCCACCAGGAACAAAUAAGAUUGAUGCUGUGUAUGAGAGGAAAAGCGACAGCAAAAUCAUCUUCUUUAUAGGAUCUCAGUAUUGGGUUUUCAAGGACACAGAGGCCAUGAGCGGUUACCCUCGGCCCCUCUCUGAAUGGGGCAUGACGAAAAAGAGCGGGGAGCCAGUGGACAGGGUGGAUGCAGCCUUUAUCUGGGCUCACAAUGGCAAGACCUAUCUGUUCAGCGGAGGGGAGUUUUGGAGGUUUGACGAGAGCCGCAUAGGUGAGCAGGCAACCAGAAAGCUGGAGCCGGGCUACCCACGCGACAACAGCCUCUGGGCAGGUGUGCCCUCUGAUAUGGAUGACGUCAUCAGCUGGGGAGGAGGAGAUGCCUACUUCUUCAAGGACAACCUCUACUGGGUGUUAAAGAACGGAGGACUGAACCAAGAUGUUGCUCCUAAAUCCAUCGCUGUCAACUGGCUCAGAUGUCCCGCUCCACCUCCAACGCCCACUGCAGCUAAUCCUCGACACACAAAGUGCAGCUGUGACUUACAUGGAUCAUCCUCAUUUCUAAGAAGCAGCUGGAUCCUCCUGAUCUCUGCUGUAUUGGUGAUCAGUGAGUUCAUUAGAAAAUAGAAACCUAAGUUUGGAAUUUGUUUGAGGCCGAUUGAGACAGGCUGUUUUUGUACCACUCCUCAGUCCACUGCAGUGUAUAGAUGCUCUUUACGUCAUCAUAUACUCAGUGUACAUUACAACCCACAAACUGGUUUCAAAUUAUGUACUAGUGUCAUAAAAACAUUCCUGGUACAUUUCUGGCUCAUAUGUUAACAUGAGGCCUAUGCUUUUGCCCUAUUACAUCAUAUUGCUGAUCUUUGAAAAUAGCCGAUUUUGCGUCCUCCAUGCAUCCUGCGAUAGAGUGUCACCUCCUCCGUUUUCUAGGUUAAGUAUUUUAUUACACUGAGCCUGUACAAUGCAUGUAAAUUUAACACCGCAAACCAGCAUGUGGACUACUUCCUCAUAAUGAGGUCUUAUGCAACCACCUUAUGUUUAGACAGUAAACAGGCAACACAAACACACUUAAGUGCAAUAGUCAUUGUCUGUCAGAGCUCAGUUUCUAGACUUCAGAUUAGAGUUGUGCGUGUGCAUAUGUACUGCAUAUGCAGACUAUAAAAGAAAUGUGCUUAGUAAAUUACACUUACAGUGAAUUGUAAUUACGUUCUUGGCCCAUUUUGUUUAUUUUUGAAUUUGAUCAAAAUUUGAUUAAAGCAAUAUUAUACACAUUCCAGCUUUUACGCUUUUGUUAUUACUAGUACUUAAUAGUAUUAAUACUAAGUACAUAAUCUGACUAUUGCUUGCUUGUUGCUGUUUUUUCAACAGGGACUAUAAUGCUGACACCUGUCACUGUGACGCCCUGCAGAUGUAAAGAUUUUACGUUUAAAGCUAGCAGGGUUUGUGGCCUUUGAUCAAAAUGUAAUGUUUCUCUCAGGUUUGACCAGGUGAACUUACUUUAAACGUGGUAUGCACAGUAUGUUGAACUGUAGCUGCAGGCCUUUAUGCAAGAAAUCAACAAAUGGAACCCAGUUUUUAAGUGACUGUUCAAAAGUAUCAUCAUUAAAGUGUCUUUAAUAUUA